AUGCCGAAAGGCUGUUGGCAACCCUCCUCCGCCUCUUCGGCCAAGCCCUGGUCCGAAGCCACCAAGUCCCCCCCCGUCACCUCCCUCACCGUCACCAUCAACAACAGAUGCACAGUCUCUGUUACCGCUCCCCCCACCGUCCCAUCAACGGUCUACACACCCUUCUUUGAGGCCCUCACCAUGAUCCUAAACGUGGAGAUAGCCUCCACAGAAAACCCCUUCACCACCUUCCACCCCGCUCCCAUCAACAUCGAUCUCGCCAUCCAUGGCAUCCCCCUCUAUAAGCUCCCCAAUCAGGAAUGCCUAGAGGAGAUCCUGCCCUCCGCGCUUAAACUAGCCGUUGGCAUCACCGCCUCUGCCGUCCGUUUCCUAAACACGGACAAAACCUCCCGCUCCUCCAAGGCCACCAUCUCUGUCAUCGUCUCUGUAACGGCGGAAGAGGCAGCAACCAGUGGAACCACCAUCCACCUCUUCUCCCGCCCCAGACGCUGCAACGUCAUGUGGUGA